AACCGUCAGGUACUAAGAUACUCGACACAAGCGGCUAGCUGAUGUAUGGCUGCUCUCUCCCUCAUUGUUCUUCGAAACGUCAUCACCAGUACAAGAAUAGCAAAUUCAGCGACAAAGGCUCCUUUUUUCGACAUACCCAGGUGAAAUGGCGAGCUUGGAGGAAAUUCAGAAGGAGAAGGAGAGUGCAGAGGAAGAGGAUUUCUCUGUGGAGCUUCCUGCUCCUCCUGGUUGGAAGAAAAAGUUCUUCCCCCAAAAAGGUGGGACCCCCAAGAAAAACGAGAUCAUAUUCGUUGCCCCAACAGGCGAGGAAUUCAGUGGCAAAAGACAGUUGGAUCAGUAUCUGAAAGCACACCCUGGUGGCCCAGGAACUUUGGAGUUUGAUUGGGGCACUGGUGAAACCCCUAGGCGAUCAGCUAGGAUCAGUGAGAAGGCUAAGGCCAUACCUGCACCAGAACCAGAACCCCCAAAGAAACGAAGGCGAUCAUCACUUACUAAGAAAGAUAGUGUACGAACAGAAAGUGCUCCCAAAGGAACUGAAGAGCCAAAAGAAAUACACAUGGAGGAGGCUGACAAGAAAGAGAAGGAUGAUGCAGAUGUAGAAGUGGAAAAGGAAAUUGUGAAAGAAAAUCAAGAUGAUAAAGAUGAAGCACAGGAGGCUAAAAAGAAAGAGGAGGAUAGUGCUGAUGUAGAAGUGGAAAAGGAUAUUGUGAUGGAAAAUCAAGAUGGUAAAGAUGAAGCACAAGAUGCUGGAACUGAAACAGAAGCAGCUUCUUCUAAAGAAGCCAAGGGAGAAGAUGUUAAUACAUCAAAUGGUGCUGAAAAAGGUGAAAGAAAGCCUGACCCUGAGCCAGAUAACCCUAAAGGGAUUCAAAGUGGUACAGGAGCUGGUGAUUCUGAAUUGAUGCAUAAUGAAAAUGAGAAAGUAGUGGGUGAAAAGGCUGAAGAGAAGCAUGAGGAACCACAGGUUGUGACAGAGAAAGAGCAUGGCUCUGGGGAACAGGACAAAACAUGUACAGAUAUUUCCAAAGAAGAGCAGAAUGAGAAGGCUGGGGAAGAAAAGGAUGAACAUGUGAGAAGUGCUCCUGAAUCAGGAGAACUGAAGGAGAAAGCACUAGAUGGCAAUAAUGAGAAACAUGGUAAGUCAGGUGUUGAUGAGGCAAGCAAGGAGGCGGAAGGAGUUAAGUGACUGAGAAUGGCACCCGAAGAGGCGAUGUCAACAAGGUUCAACCUUAGUUAACUGAAUCUCUUUCUCUCUAUCACAUCUUGCUUGCCUUUCAGAUAGUAGUUCUGAUGUUGAUCACGGUAGUAUCGAUUGUUUGUUUAGACAUUUAUGUAUGCAGUUGUAGACUAGGUGUAUAAUGUAGCUUUUGUUGUACUGUAUUAACAUGUAGCUUGCAGUAACUGUUAUGAUAUCCUGUACUAGACUACUAGUAAUGUUGUAUUAUCAUGUAGCUAUAAACAAGUUGACCAUUUGAGAACCUUGUAAUUCUAUAUUGCUUCUCUAUCUCU